UCCAAAUGCACUAAACUGAGAGAGUGCUAUAUUAUUACGACGGAUUUGGUGGCACAAGAAUCUUCAUGUUUUCUGUCUGCGGGUGAAUCUUUAUGUUCUUUAUAUGAAGCUGACAUGGACUAGCCUAUUCUCUUGGACAAUCAAUACAAAGAGGAAAUAGAAAAGAGAAGCGAGAAGCCAUGGGAAGAGGAGGAGGAGGAGCAGAAGGCGAUCGCCAAACAGAGCCGCUGCUCGAGGAGCUCUCGAAGUCCUCUUCAUCCAAGGAGCAUCUAGUUCAAAGAACCGGCACGGUAUGGACGGCGAUGGCGCACAUCAUCACGGCGGUGAUAGGGUCCGGCGUGCUGUCGCUGGCGUGGAGCGUGGCGCAGCUCGGCUGGGUCGCCGGCCCGGCGGCCAUCGUGCUGUUCGCCGGGGUGACCGCGGUGCAGUCCUCACUACUCGCCGACUGCUACAUUUCUCGCGACCCGGACGAGCUCGGCAGCAUCGUCAGAAACAAGUCCUACGUGCAAGCCGUGAGGUUCUACCUAGGUGAGAAGAGCCGCUUGUUUUGCGUUUUUUUCCUUAGCGUCAACUUGUUUGGGAGCGGCGUGGUGUAUACCCUCACCUCCGCAACUAGUAUGAGGGCCAUUCAGAAAGCGAACUGCUACCACCGUGAAGGCCAUGGCACUGCCUCAUGCUCCACCGCCGGUGGGGGGUCAGAUGUCUACUACAUGCUCGUGUUUGGCCUCGCGCAAGUGGUUCUGUCGCAGAUACCGGACUUCCACAACAUGGCAUGGCUUUCCGUCUUCGCUGCCGUCAUGUCCUUCUCCUACUCCUUCAUCGGCUUCGGCCUCGGAGCCGCCAAAGUGAUCGAAAAUGGAGUGAUCGAAGGGGGGAUAGGUGGCAUUGCCCUAGCAUCCCCGAUGCAGAAGGUGUGGCGCGUCGCGCAGGCCCUUGGGGACAUCGCCUACGCCUAUCCUUACACCUUGGCGCUACUAGAGAUCCAGGACACCCUCAGGUCACCGCCGGCUGAGAGCGAGACGAUGAAGACGGCGUCGAGGGGCAGCAUUGUGGUCACCACCUUCCUCUACCUCGGGUGCGGGUGCCUCGGCUACGCGGCGUUCGGCGACGCCACCCCGGGGAACCUCCUCACCGGGUUCGGCUUCUACGAGCCCUACUGGCUCAUCGGCCUCGCCAACCUCUCCGUCGUCCUCCACCUCCUCGGCGGCUACCAGGUGUACGGCCAGCCGGCGUUCGCGCUCGCGGAGCGGCGGUUCGGCGCCGAGGCUUGCGUAUUGGACGUGGAGAUGCCGCUGCUUGGCUGGAGGCGCGUGAGCCUGUUUAGGCUGUGCUACCGCACGGCGUACGUGGCGGCGACCACGACGGUGGCGGUGUGGUUCCCCUACUUCAACCAGGUGGUCGGGCUGAUCGGCGCCUUGAGCUUCUGGCCCAAGGUCAUUCACUUCCCCGUCGAGAUGUACAUCGUGCAGGCCAAGGUGGCGCCCUGGACGGGGCGGUGGCUCGCCAUCCGGACCUUCAGCGCCGCCUGCCUGCUCGUCUGCGCCUUUGCCUCCGUCGGCUCUGCCGUGGGGGUGUUCGGCUCCAAGAGAAGCUAGACAAAUCCUGCAACGAAAGAAUGUACACGCUAACACGCAUACUAUGCGGUUUGUUCGAUUGGUUUUCUUCAGGUCGGGAACUGCAGCAACAUGAUUCUUUGCAGGAGCAGG